CUCAAAGAUUGACUCUUCCACCAUCCUCAUCUCUUUUGCUGACUGACAACCAAAAUCACCCAUUUUAGAGGCAAAGAGAGAAGAAAUCCACAGAAAUGGAGAAAAUUCAGCAUAGAAACCUAAGAGUAAAUGGCAUAAACAUGCACGUUGCAGAGAUUGGUGAAGGCCCACCAAUCCUCUUCCUCCACGGCUUCCCAGAGCUCUGGUACUCAUGGCGCCACCAGCUCCUCUCCCUCUCCUCCCUCGGCUACCGCGCCAUCGCCCCGGACCUCCGCGGCUACGGCGAUUCCGACGCCCCUCCCUCCCCCGCCAGCUACACGGCUCUCCACAUCGUCGGCGACCUCAUCGCCCUCCUCGACUCUCUCCGUCUCGGCCAGGUCUUCCUCGUGGGUCACGACUGGGGUGCUGCCAUCGCCUGGCACUUUUGCUUGCUUAGGCCUGAUAGGGUCAAGGCUCUGGUGAACAUGAGUGUGGUGUUUCGGCCUCGGAACCCAACGAGGAAGCCCAUUGAGUCGAUGAGAGUUCUGUUUGGCGAUGACUACUAUAUGUGCAGAUUUCAGGAGCCAGGACUGGCAGAAAACGAGUUUGCUCGUCUUGGCACUGAGACAGUAAUGAAAAUUUUUCUUGGAUCUCGUAAUCCACGUCCACCUCGGAUGCCCAAAGAAUCAUGGUACAGUGGUGCGCUCAAGACCCCAACUGCCUUACCACCUUGGCUAUCACAAGAAGACAUCAAUUACUUUGCCAGUAAAUUUAACCAAAAUGGCUUCACUGGAGGAUUGAACUACUACCGAGCUUUGGACCUAAGCUGGGAGGCUUUGGCACCAUGGACUGGAGUACCAAUAAAAGUACCAGUCAAGUUUAUUGUGGGAGACCUCGACACUACGUAUAAUACCCCGGGUGUCAAGGAAUACAUACACAAUGGUGGCUUCAAGAGAGAAGUGCCAUUUUUGCAGGAGUUGGUUAUAAUGGAGGGAGUGGCUCACUUCAUCAACCAAGAAAGGCCAGAGGAAAUCAAUGCACACAUAUAUGACUUCAUCCGGAGGUUUUGAUCAGAAUCUCAGUAUUUUCUCAUGCCAAGUUUCUGUAGGCUUACCUGGAGUUUCUUUUAGAUCAGAAAUAAGGAACAGUUUCAGGCAGCAGAGAAAAAAUUGGGGUAAAUAAAAUAUUAUGCUGUAAGCUGAUGCUGCUUUUGCCUGUCCAAAACCCUCCAAAUAAACAGGUUUCAUUUUCUAUUGCAUUGUUAUGUAUUUUGAGAUAAUUAUUUGCAUUUAGAGGCUGCAAACCCACAUGCAGAUAAAUUGAAAAGUCUCUUGUGACUGGGAAUAGGUGCCCUUCUACCUGUCGAAAAAAAAAAUCUUAAUAAUGUUUAUGCUUCCAUAUGGAUGUGGUUGUUGA